AUGGGUGUCUCACGGUUCCUGGAUCGCGUCGUUGCUGCAGUGGCGCUCGUGUCCGUCGUGGUUGCCCGCCCAGCGCCGGUCCAGGUCGAUGGGUGUGGACCCUCAGGUAAAGUUGAAACGUUUGAACCGCCGAAACAUCUACUGAUCUUCUCUCUUCUAGCUGUGAAGCUUCGCGACCCGCCUACCUUUCCAGGCGUGAACCCCUCUCCGUCCUGGACACCUCCUCCCAUCGGCUGGAUCUUCAAGCCUUGGAACCAGGUUCUUACCAGCAACUCCCAAGCCGCCCAACUUCGGAACUUCCAAUGGGAUCCUACUCCUGUCACUGACUCGGACCCGACCGGUCCUAUCAACGAUCUCUCAUCCUUCCAAAUUCCCGGCAACGACACCGUCUUUACUUCAUACGGCGUUGCAAUCCCCAAUGAUACUUACGUCGCCGUACUCGACUACCGCGGUACCGGGAUCCUCGAGAACGCCACUUCGCAGUACAGCUGGCUCGGCUGGGGCUGCGAUGGCAACGGAAUCGAGUACUACGUAUCCUAUUCUACUGCUGCGGAGGCUAGUGGCACGCCGGCGGGCAUCGACGUCAUGAGCCUUGUCGAUACCGGGCUGGACCAAGCAACAACUGACAGGAUUGUCGCGAUCCUUAAGCAGUCAGAGAGCGAGGAGAUCCGUAAUAUUGCGGAGACGUUCGUGGAGAAUAUUCAGGAUGGCGGACGCCAAGGUUUGGGUCGCAUCACCGAGUGCGACGAUGAGUGCAAGACCAACAAGGACUUGAUUGGGAUCAUUGGCUAG